GGAAGGUGGUGGGUUGGGAGGAAGAAAAUUAUCUGGAGCUGAAGCACUCUAGCAGCUUGGACACGGCCGCCCACGACAGCGGCGUCUGACGGCCGUACACAUCCUUCGAGUCGACGUCGACCUUGCCCGUCGCGAGCAGCAGCUUGACUAUAGCCUCGUGCCCUCUCUCGGCCGCCCACGACAGCGGCGUCCGACCGUCCUUAUCCUUCGAGCCGACGUCGACCUUACCCAAGGAUGUUCUUGUCAAGAUUUUGGAAGGAUACUUCGACCUUAAAGAUUGUCAAAUUUCAGCCUGAUCUCGACGAUCCAACAAACGAUCCUGCUGCUCCUCCUUCAGCCUUGCUACCUCAGAUACUCUGCAAGGACACCUACACCUACACAGAUUUCAACAAUGAUCGGAACGAAAUCAGGUUACUCCGGAUCGAGCCUCGAAGGACACCUGACAGUCCCGAAGAUCCAAUUCGAUGCGAAUUGAAGGUCUUUCCCCGAGCCACUGUUCCGCCAUACCAGGCCUUGUCGUACAUGUGGGGCCAACCCUCACCCACAUUCAAAAUUUUUAUCAAUGGCCGCACCUUCACUGUGCGCAAGAACUUAUGUGACUUUCUGCUGGCAGCGAGACGAAACUCGUGGAUCAGCACUUGGAUCUGGAUCGAUCAACUGUGUAUCAAUCAAGAGAAUUUGUCGGAGCGUUCUUCUCAAGUGGAGAACAUGGGGACUACGUACGAGGAUGCUAAAGAGGUGCUCAUAUGGCUUGGACAUCAUGGCUGGAUUGGCGAUGUGGCGAUCGAGAAGAUGAGGAACGAGAUCUUCUCCACCCACGAACGGGACGAAGGCGAUCCAGAUGGUGAUGUUCAUCACGCAAUAAUAUCGAAUCCAUACUGGACGAGGAUGUGGAUUGCGCAAGAGAUCCAUCUCGCACGUAGAAUAUGCAUUCUUUGCAGUAACAGUUGCUUAUCUUGGCCCGAAGUUGAAUGCAGCGAGUGGUGGUGGUCAAAUCCUUUUGCUAUCGGCCAUGAAGUCAUCCGCGAAAAGUUGGAUCCGUAUGGGGAGGCGGACGUACCAAGCACCGAGCAAGACUAUAACGCAUUGCAUGGAGCAAAACAAAGGACAAUUGCAGCCCCUCGAGACUAUUACAAGCUUGUCCUAGCAAUCAAUGGAUGCAUAUGGGCGAGUUGCCAGGACCCCCGCGACAGGAUAUACGCUAUCAUGGGCAUAGUCGAACCAGAACAGCGUCUCGUUAUCGACUAUUCGAAAUCAACAGAGGAAGUCUUUCUCGACACAUUGCAUAAAGUGCUGAUGGUUUGCGGGAACCUUGAGCCCGGACGCAUACUCUAUAUGCUUCUAGCGCUUGCCGCCGAGAUGAAUCUACUUGGUGACCUCGAAACGAAAGACGUUGAAAAGCUCUAUGUCGUUGUAGAAGGAAGACGUGCUGACUGCCAUCGACCAUUGCCAGUCGUCAUGGAUCUCGUCUACCGCUCCGGCGAGCUUGUACCAUUGGAUUUCAACUCUUCCUAUGGUGAUUUUUCGCACAAUUAUGAUGAUGUACAGGAGAUAGAGUUGGAUGAUAAAAUCCCCCCAGAACAAUGGCCCUGGAGAUAUGACCUCCAACUUUCAGAGCUUCACGGGCGGCUGGACUUGUAUGCAAAGAUCUUGAAGGCGCGGAAACAUUGGAAGAUGACAGAUAAAUGUUGCAAGGGGAAUUGUAUGAAUGGCUUGCUGCCCUUAUGUAUAACCAGCCGGUGGUAG